UAGUUCACGCUAUCAUUAUUUUCUAUUUGCUGAAUUUCUAUAUGCUACUUUGAUUAUACUUGUACACGAUUGUACAUGAUAUUGAAAGCAACGUAUCAUUGCAUAGUAGAAAUCUUGUUCGAUCUUUUACCGUGACAAAUAGUUUUAUUUACGUCGACGAGUCGGCGACGUUGCUUUUCUAGAUAGAAAGUUGCAUUCAAUGAUGCACGAUAUGUGGGCUACGCACAGGCUCUCUCGGGUGAAUGCAUUCGUAAGAAUGCAUUCACGUCCGCCGUGUGUGUUCUUCUUCUGCUUUAUAUAAUUUUACUACGGACACCUGUCCGUCAGGUUCUCGAGUAUCGUAUCAAUAUCGGCAUUUGGAAGAGAGUGUCGAGGAAGCUUAGCUACUGUGUAGCAUUUUCAUUUUUGUUAUCAAUUCAAAUAUUUAAAAUAACGAAUAAAAGAAUUUUAUCCAAUCAGGAUAAUACGAUCUGCUAGUAACUAAUCCUGAAAAAAUGAAAAAAAUGUUUUAGAAUGUCGGGUGAAAUGUGUGUUAUAUUCGUGAAAUAUAAUCCAUGAUUCUGAUACGGAUAUUAAGGUAGUACUAAAGAAAUGUAAAAUGGCUACAAAAACAGAAGAUACAUCUAUUGAUAAUACUAAUGAUGGAGAGAGCAUGGAUAAAGAAGUACUAGCAAUUAGUGGAAGUGAUGAAACUGAUCAUCGUAUUCCACCAACAUAUUUGUAUAAUUCAGGUUCUGAGCAAAAUACAGGACUAUCCAGUCAGGACCAAACCAAUAGAAAUCGUACUCAAGCUACAGAAGAUCAAUUAGGACCUCUACCACCAAACUGGGAAAAAGCUUAUACAGAUACAGGAGAAGUUUAUUUUAUAGAUCAUAAUACAGGUACUUCUCACUGGUUAGAUCCACGUUUAUCUAAGUUUCAAAAAAGAUCUCUUGAAGAAUGUCUGGAUGAUGAAUUACCAUAUGGUUGGGAAAAAAUAGAUGAUACUCUUUAUGGUACAUAUUUUAUUGAUCAUGUAAAUCGUAGGACUCAAUAUGAAAAUCCUGUAUUGCAAGCUAAAAGGGCGCAACAAAGUUUAGGAGAGAGAAAGAGUCCUAACUUUACAAGAAAUCCUGAUAAAUUAAAAGGCCAAAGAAUCAGAACAACUUUGAUAAAGAGUUCAAGAGGAUUAGGAUUUACAAUUGUUGGUGGAGAUGACUCAGUUGAGGAGUUUUUACAAAUUAAAAGUGUGGUACCAAAUGGUCCAGCAUGGUUAGAUGGAAAAUUACAAACUGGGGAUGUAUUAGUAUAUGUUAAUGAUACAUGUGUUCUGGGUUUUACACAUAAUGAAAUGGUAAAUGUUUUCAAAUCAAUUAGUAGUGGUGAAACUGUUGCAUUGGAAGUGUGUCGUGGUUAUCCAUUGCCAUUUGAUCCAAAUGACCCAAAUACAGAAGUAGUUACGACUAUUGCUGUUAAUGCACCAGAUAUUUUAACAGAAGAUCCCAGAAUGUAUAUGGAUUUAAACCCUGCUCUGCAAAGUAAUGGCCGUUUCAAUUUUUUGGAUUCUACAUUCUUGCCAGUACAUAGUCUUCAAAAUGGUGAAAAUCUUGCUACAACUUCUGUCAAUUCAAUGCCAGAUCUUUGUAUUUCGGAUAAGAUUAAUACGAUUAAGAGACCUAGUAGUACAGAUAUAUUAUUAUCUGAAAGCAAUGAUUUGAAUGAUUGUAAAGACUCAUCAAUGUCUUCCAAAUCAGAGUUUCUCAGUAUUGCUAUUGUAAAGGGUACCAUGGGAUUUGGAUUUACAAUAGCAGAUUCAGCUCAUGGUCAAAAGGUUAAAAAAAUUUUAGAUCGUCAACGUUGUAAAAAUUUAAUGGAAGGUGAUAUUUUAGUAAACAUAAAUGACAUUAAUGUAAGAAAUAUGUGUCAUUCAGAGGUAGUACAAGUUUUAAAAGAUUGUGCUCGCAAUGAAGAGGCAUUGAUACAUGUACAGAGAACAACAUCCAAAUCGAACGAAAAAAAGGAAAAGAAUUCACAAGAUUUCUUUAGAAGUAAAACACCGACAGCUGAUAUUUAUAGUACUCAAACAAAAACUGUUGUUCCAAGUCGACCAAAAACCCCACUUAUCGAUACUAGGAAUCGUCCAAAGUCUCCACCCAAUGCAAUCAGAUCAAACUGGAAUGAACAAAGCGAGAACGAAUUAAAUCCACUCGAUAAUCGAUACAAAUAUUCAGAAUACACACAUAGCAUGUAUUAUAACGAUCCGUAUAAAGCAAAUAUUGCAAAUUUAUCUGACAAUUUUGUUACAAUGACAAAUUUAGAUGAUGAGUCUGUAAGAAAUGGCAUAAAAAGAGAUUGGGUUACAAAUGAUAAAUUAAACAUAAGUAAUGAUGUAUAUUCUAUUGAUAUACCUCACCAUGACAACAUGUUAAAACAAAAUGGAUGUUUACAUUCAGACUAUUAUAAAGAUUUGUAUACAUCACAGUCCCAUUCUCAGUAUAGUGAACAGGAUUAUAAUGUAUAUUCCAUUGGUCAAGAACAAAAUGUUGAUACUGGUGAAAUAUGGGAUAAACGGAAAGAGACUACUAGUUUUGAGCAUGAGCAACCACAUUCCAGUUCAAUACCACGAUAUCCUCAAUAUAGCAACGAGUUAGUGUGUCCGAUGGUGCCUGAUAUAGAAUGGAUAGAAACAUUGGUAACUUUAGUAAGGCAAGAUACAGGAUUUGGAUUUAGAAUAGUUGGUGGUACAGAGGAAGGAUCUCAACAGGUUUCGGUCGGACAUAUAGUACCUGGUGGGGCAGCAGAUUUAGAUAACAGAUUAAAUACAGGUGAUCUAAUAAUGUCUGUCGAUGGUGAGAGCGUCAUGAAUUCGUCACAUCAUCAUGUCGUUCAGUUAAUGAUAGCUGCCGCACAGAACGGUAGAGUCACUCUAGGAAUUCGUCGUCGAAUUAACACUCAAGAAAAUCUUCAAACUUCAUAUAAUAGACAAAUGAAUCUCCAGUAUCCUUAUGACGUGACGGUUACUAGAAUGGAAAAUGAAGGUUUUGGUUUUGUUAUUAUUUCCUCAGUUAAUAAAGCCGGUUCGACAAUAGGUAGAAUAAUUGAAGGUUCACCCGCGGAAAGAUGCGGGCGAUUAAAUGUUGGUGAUCAUAUUCUUGCCGUUAAUCAUGUAGAUAUUACAAAUGUUUGUCACAAAGACAUUGUGAAUUUAAUUAAAGACUCGGGUUAUUCCGUUACAUUAACAAUUGGUUAUCCUCUUGAUGAUUGUUGUAGUAAUACGUCUCUAUCUCAAAAGGAUGAACUAACAUGUGAUGGAGAUGGAGGUCAAUAUCAUGCUGUGGAAUUGACUCGUGGAACUAGAGGAUUUGGUUUUAGUAUUCGUGGGGGGCGUGAAUUUCAAAACAUGCCAUUAUUUGUUUUACAGAUUGCAGAAAAUGGCCCAGCAUCUAUUGAUAAUCGAUUAAGAGUCGGUGAUCAAAUAAUCGAAAUAAAUGGAAUUAAUACUAAAAAUAUGACACAUACAGAAGCUAUUGAAAUUAUACGAAACGGUGGACCAUCCGUUCGACUUUUAGUUCGACGCGGUUGUCAGAUGCCUUCAGUGAGUAAUCUCACAAUCGACCAAAUAAGUAUUCGACCGAUUGAUGAGGGCACCCCACGCAGACAUUUAUUGAAAUUACACGAGAUGGGUGUGUACCCUAAAAAACGUCAGAAAGUUCGAUUUUUUAUUUUACUUAACUGUUGUUCAUCUAAAAACAAAUAUUUAUGAUAUGCAGCUAUUUGACAUAAACGUAAUAUUUUAUUCAUAAUUUCGUAUUAGAGAUCAAUUUUUGGACAAAGAAUUUUCAAGAUCUUUACUAUUAGAUUAUUUUCGAUUUUUCAUAAUGUAAUUGUGUAUUGAAAUUCAUUGUAUAAACGUGAGUUAAUGCGACCAAAUACGGUAAACUGUGAAUGUUAAUGGAGUAUGAUCUAUUUGUAAUAGCAAAUAGUAUUGAUACCCGUGAAACAUACAGAAGUUACCUAUUUUAAUAUAUAUAUAUAUAGAAAAACGAUUUUGUACUGACAAAUUUUCAACAAAAAAAUCUUGUAGACUGAAAAGUAUCAUCUAAAUUAAAUAUUUUUAUAUACUCUGUAGUAAUGCACUCAGGAAUCUUUUGAUAAAUUCAAAUAUUAUUGUGAUUUUAAUCUAUGAUAUGAAACUUUUUAGUAUACAACUAAUGAAGAAUCUCAUUGAAUUUAUUAAUUGAUACUUUAUUUUCUUACUUUUUGAACAGCAUUUAAAGAAUAUAGUAUCGAUAUUGUUUUUGUUUUAAUAUAAUAUUUAUUAUUAAUUGUAAUAGAUAUAUAUAUGCAUAUAGCAAUAAUUAAAUUAAGUACUGAUACAACCAAAGAAUCAAAUGCACUUAACAAACAUUUAAAAAUACAGUGCAAAAGAUUAAUACAAAAUAUAUGUUACUGCAUUCAUAUUAUUUAAAGUUCUUGUUCAAAAUACUAUCUUUCUCCUAUUAAUUAUAAAAUAAUGUUUGUAAUAAAUAGAUUGCGAUGAGAAAGAAGUCAUUGACGAGAUUAAAUGAAUUCUUUUUAUGGAAAUGAUUUUUUCCAAUCUUUUUGCGACAUUAAAAUACGUUGAAUGUUGAAUGAAAUUAAUGAAUAUAUUUUUUUACUAGUAAGUUGAUAAUAAAUAAGAAAGAAUACUUAGUAAAAUACAGUGAAUUAAAUAAAAAAUCGACUUAGAUUGUAUUUCUCAAAUAUUAAAAAAAGCACUUCAAAGAAUUUGAAUGUAUGUGUGAAAUUUUCAUUGUUAUUGUAUAUUACUUAUAUAAGCAAUUUUACUGUAUAUCUUAUCAACGAUAAACAGUGAUAAACGCAUUUAAAACGUAUCGCAUUUUACUUAUAUUAUAGUUAUUAUUGUGUUUAUUUUUAUAAGAUACGCAUACAUAUAUACAUAUAUACAUAUACACACACCUAUAGAAUUUGUACAGUAUGUUGGAUAAUGCAAACAAGUUUACAAUUGUAAAUAUACAUAUUAUAGAAUUAUAUGACAUUAUCGAUAGUUAUAAGCUCUUCAUAAAGAAUUUUAAAAAUAAUUUUUUAAUUGAAAUGUAUUUACUAUCUUUGUAAUUUUAUUAUUAAAAAAAAAACUUCAUGUCUUCUGCAGUAAUGUUACAAUUUUCUUUCUUACCAAUGCGUAUUGCAUACAUUCAUUACAAAUCGUAUGUAAGUUAAAAUUACUUCGUCGUCAAAUUUGUUAUUUUAUCACUGCCAUGUAAUUAUUAUAUAAUUAAUUAUAUAAUUUUUCUGAAACACUUAUUGCAGACAAGUAUUCAAUAUAAUUUUUUCUUACACUUAUUGCAGAUAAGUAUUCAAUAUUGUACAAGUUCUUUGUUACUAUCGAUAAUCGCUGGUUGCAAUGAACCGAGUGAAUUUGAAAGAUUGAUGUUGUUACUAGAAUUUUAUUAUAAGAUCAUCUCAUGUUGUUGAUACGUAUGUCGAAAAUAAAGAUCUAUAAUUAACAA